AGGAAGCAGCACGCGCGCCGCGGUCCGCAGGGAUGGCGAAGAAGAGCUUAUCCACAAAAACUCUGAGGGCCUUUUUCUCCCGGAAAGACGAGCCCGCGCAGGCGGACUCGCCGCGGGACGAGGCCGAGAGGAGGAAGAAGUUCACCUUCCCGAAGCUGAAGAUGAAGGUGAAGGACCCUGCUGCCCGGAGGACGGCCAGCGAUGGCCCGCAGCGGCUCAGUGUCGGAGACCCCAGGACUCCUUCAGAGGACCGAGAGACCAACAACAUCGCCUCGGUCAGAAAGUCAGCUACUAUCAACAGCCCCUCAGGCAGAGCUAAGGGUAAAGAGUUCAGCUACUCCGAGUUGGACCUCCGCAAGCCCAGAAGGAUCGCCACCUUCUCCUUCGGUCUGAAGAAGAAGAGGAAGGAUAGUGGGAACAUCUCAAAGAGCAGCUUUGGUCUCCACAGCUCUGAAAUGGAGAAGGAGAGUCCCAUGGAUCUGGAUCAGACCCACACAAAGACUAGAUUCAGCGUGUCUCAACCAGAGCUGGACUCCAGUGGGACCUUUGACAUCCCCUCCCUUCCCCCUGUGGCUUCAAACCAGGCACAACCUUACUUCACCCUCCCAGACCGUCCACCCGCAACCAUCCAGGCCCAACUGGCAUUAAGGGACCAAUCAGAACGAAGGGAGCACCUCAGGAGCGGCUUCCAGGAGAAGAAGCUCCGAGCUCCAAUCGCCUCAGUCCCGGAGCUGCAGUUGAACGAUUCCGUCUUUUCAGAGGAGAUGGAGACCGUAUGGCUUCUGCCUCCAUCAUUCAGCAGUGAUGCCAGAUCUGCCAGCUCCCCCAUCACCUCAGAUCCACCCGACGACACCGUCCAACAGUCUCACAGAUCAACCGAGCCCACUGGCACCGCCGCGUUGGGGGAUCAGCCAGAUUCUCUGAGCAGUGACUCCUGCAGACCUGGUCCUGCUCCAAAGACCAUAAACGUCCCCCCUGAUGCCCCUCGAGGCCCUCAGACUUUCACCUCCAGUGUUAAGACUCAUCCAGCGCCCUCCAUGCUCCAGACACUGCAGGGAUGUCCAACAUCCUCACCUCAUUCUUCUUCCUGUGAGAGACUUCCCUCAAACCAGACCUGGACCUCAUCUCUUUGCGAGAACGUGCCAAAGCCCCCCCAUGGGCCAUCUUUACCCUCUGAGAGGAACGAUGCUACUUACUCUGAGCUGACCUGCUCCCCUCCAGAGCCGGAUGCAGUUACCACCGCUGCCUCAUUGGGUCAUCGGCCGGCUUCCUCUGACUCCAGCAGCGUUGGCUCUGCUCCACGAGCCACCAACCCCCCCCCAGCAGCUAGUCCUGCUGACCUAGAGGCGGUUCAUGGAGCUCUGUACACGUCUCUGUUCCCUCCAAGCUUCACUUCUAAGAUCACGACUCGUUCAGAGGACACCAACCCUAAACCUGUCCUUCAGUCUUCCAGACUUCCCCUAAACCAGACCCGGACUUCAUCUCAGCCUCACGAUGUCGCAGAACCCCCCAACGGGUCAUCUUCCCUCACUGAGAGUGUGAACGCCCCUGACUCUGAGCCGUGCACACCCACCGCUGUCGGCUCGGCUCCACCCUCCAUUGGUCAGGUUACCGCAUCCGCCCGCAGAGGGAUCCUCGUCAAGCAGCUGACCACAAAGCUGAGCUCGCCUCCCACCCACAAGAUGGACCCCCCCAACGGUGCGGAGGGGCUUUCCCAGGGUCCCGGGCAGAUGGAGGAGGGCAAACGGCCUCUGAGUCCGCAAUACCUGAGCGUGGGAUCGGACGACAGCGGCGCCACGGAGGUGUACUACAGCGCUCAGGAGGACACUGGGGAGGACAGUGGCGGCGAGGAGACGCCCGGCCACAGAGGGGCGGCAGCGGAGCAGCUUGGGAGGGAGGAGGCUCACGGGGGAGCUCCAAUGUCACAUGAUCAGCUCCUAGAGGUUCAAGGGAAAGAAGAAGCCAGAGAGGAGGGAGGAGGCGAAGACGAGCUACCGAGCUCACCGGUUCUGCAGGUCAACAGGCUGCUGGAAUGUGACUCCGCUCCACCUACCCCCAACCUGCAGAGGGAGGGGUCGGAAACAGGAGCCGGGUUUUCCCAGGGCCUACAGGACCAGUUCAGAGACUGUAGGAAUCCUAGACACCUGCUGGGUGCUUUAGCAGAAGAGGAUGAAGAUGACAAAGAUGGCCAUGCCCACACCAUAGAGGGGGUGGAGUCAAUCUCUCAGCAUGUAGACAGAAAUGCUGCAGAGUCGCUACCAGACGAACCCGCAGCCCUGAAUCCAGAUACACGGCCUGACGGACACGCUCAGGACGAAGCUCGGCUGGAGCACAGGACUGUGGUGGACCAGGACCCGGAGGACAGGAUGAGUUAUGGCUACAGCAGGGUGGCCCUGCCCACGGAGGCGUCGCCGCAGCAACACGUCCUUUACCUGAUCCAGGAGUCGCAGGAGUCCGGUCCCGGAUCAGAGUUCACCUGGAGGAACAGGUUCGAGGGCGUGUCUCCGUACAGAUCCCGCUUCGAGUCUGCGGAGGAACGCGUUGCCCCCGACGACAGCUUGACAGGGCAGGGGAGGAGCUCGGUGGAGUGGGCGGAGCUGGCUGCUCCUGCAGGUGAGGGAGAGGCUGAGGCAGCAGAUGAGAUAAAGCCCCGCUGGGACUCGCAUCAGCUCCCCGACCAAGACGAGUCCUGCACCUACACCGGGCUGUUCAAGGCAACCCUGGUGGACCUGGUCGAGCCUGCAGCCCCCACCACCCCGGACUCCCCCCUCCAGCUGGACAUGGACAGCCUGGUGGACACGCUGAGGAGCAUGGGCCCCACUCUGAGGCCCAGGAGCACCCUCCUGCGCCCGGUCCCCACAGGCGCUGCGCCCGCCCUGCCCCCCAUCUCAGAGGACCAGGACACCGUGGACCGCCGUUUCAGUCUGCCUGCUGACCUUGGACUGAAGAGGAACGCCGUCAGGGACAACAGGUCCCCCCUGGAGCUGAUGAAGAGCAGAGAGGAUCUUCAUCCUCCGACGCUGAACGGAAAUGGAGUUCUGUCGCCGCCCUCCAGCUCGCGUCUGGAGGGCAGCCUCCUCUUCGGGAGCCUCAGGUCCCCGUCGGUCGACUCGGGGUCGGACGGGAAGGCCCAACGUACACUCUUCCGCGCCGCCUCGCUGCCGGAGAAGGACCUUUCCAGCGAUCGGCUCAGUACAGGGUCCAAAACUCCUGCUGAGGUGGAACCGGUGGGGUCCCGUCUUGAGCGCCUCUCUUUCCUCGUCAACUCCUCUUCAUCGGGCUCGCUGACUGGAACCGAAGACUCCAGCAACCGUCGCAUGAGCCGGCCCCCCUCACUGAGCUCAGGCUCCCCCCCAGCCAACGCCCCCAACGCCCCCAACGCCCCCACCAGCCUCCAGAGGCCCCCCUUAUCUUUGUUAAGCCAGGGCCUGGGGGUCCUGGCAGGCCCCGUCCUGCAGAGGAGCCUCAGCAGCGAUGGGGGCCCCGCAGGUGUCCACAGUCCACUGUUCGGCAGCAUGCAUGGAGGGUCUCAGUUCCAAAGCCAACCACCAGAACCGGAACCGGAUCGGAACCUGAUGUUCAAGUACCGAGCGUUCCCCGACGCCUACCUCACCAAAGAGAAGGAACAUGGGAAGCUCAAUCCUCGUCCUGGAAAGAUGUACGUCUUCGACCGUCCGGGGAUGUGCGGCCAGAGGAUUGAGAUGCACAGUGAUGUCACCGACGCCACUUCCUGGGAACUGCAGGAAACCUUCUCCAUCAGGGUUGUCAGAGGAGGGUGGGUGUUGUACGAGAAACCUAACUUCAAAGGGGAGAAGAUUGCCCUGCACGAGGGCGACACAGAGCUCACCUGCCCCUUCAGGACCCUGGAGGAGGAGCCUCAAAACGGACAGCAGGAGGGGGAGGGGCAGAACGGACAGACGAGUGACGACCCGGUGGAGAAGAAGCCGGCUCAGAGGUCCAUCAUCGGAUCUGUACGCCGUGCAGUCAGGGACUACAGUGUUCCAGAGAUCAGUCUGUUCCCAGAAGAGAACGCCGAGGGGAAGAAGGUGAUCUUCAGGGACACUUCAGAGGACGCCAGGAUCUUUGGUUUCCCCAUCAAGGCCAACUCCAUCAUCAUCAAUGCUGGACUCUGGCUUGUGUUCUCGCAGCCCUUCUUCCAGGGCGACCCACGAGUCCUGGAGGUGGGGGGUUAUUCCAACCCGGCAUCCUGGGGGGUUGAGCAGCCUUAUGUGGGUUCUCUGCACCCCCUCAAAGUGGGCGAACCUACAGUGGAAAACAUGAGCGAACCAAAGAUGGUGAUCUAUGACAAACCGUACUUCUCCGGGAAGUCGCGCAUCGUCACCAUGGACAUGCGGGACUUUAUAACCAGGACAGACCGGCAGCAGACCGCCUUCAUGUACAGUGUCGGCUCACUCAAAGUCCUUGGAGGAGUAUGGGUGGGCUACGAGAAGGAGGGGUUCCGCGGACACCAGUACCUGCUGGAAGAGGGGGAGUACCAUGACUGGAGGACAUGGGGGGGCUGCGACUCCGAGCUUCGCUCUGCCAGGGUCAUCCGAGCUGACUUGACAGAUCCAAUGAUGGUGAUGUUCGAGCAGCCCGAGGAAGAGGACAGCCAGUCGGAGGAGAACACGUUUGAAGUGACGGAGACCAUUCCAGAUGUGGAGCUGUUCGGGUUCAAAACGUCCACACGCUCCAUCAACGUGGUCAGCGGGGCAUGGAUUGCCUACUCUCACGUGGACUUCUCUGGGAACCAGUAUAUCCUGGAGAAAGGCUUCUACAACAACUGCGCCGACUGGGGGACCCAGGACGCCCGGAUCUGCUCGGUCCAGCCCAUCUUACUGGCUCCAAAGGACGUCUCGGGGAACCGACAUGAGAUCAUCCUUUACCCCGAGCCAGACUUCCAAGGGGAGUGUAAGAUCUUUGAAAACCACCAGGAUGCGCUGGCGGACAGAUUCCUGACCAGGUCGAUUCGAGUGGCAGGAGGAAGCUGGGUUCUCUAUGAAGACAAGAACUUCUCCGGGAACCUUUAUGUCCUGUCUGAAGGAGAGUACCCGAGUCUGGCCAGUAUGGGCUGCCCCCUUACUGCCUCCAUCCGCUCCGUGAAACCAGUGCCAUUGACUUUCUCGGUUCCCUCCAUCUCUUUGUUCGGGCUGGAGUGUCUGGAGGGCAGAGAGAUCACCAUGGACACAGAGAUCACCAGUAUGCUCCAGGAGGGCCUGAACAACAACGUCCUGUCCAUCAGAGUCAACAGCGGCUGCUGGGUGGUAUGUGAACACACCAACUACAGGGGGCGCCAGUUCCUGCUGGAACCAAUAGAAAUCACCAACUGGCCCAAGUUCAGCUCUCUGCAGAGGAUUGGCUCCAUGUAUCCGGUCAGACAGAAGCGUCACUUUUUCCGCAUAAAGAACGUGGAGAGUGGUCACUUCAUAUCCGUCCAGGGCGGUGUGGACGAGAUGAAGUCGGGUCGAGUGGUGGCGUCUCCAGAGGUGGAGCCGAUGAGUGACAUCUGGUUCUACCAGGAUGGGCUGAUUAAAAACAAGAUGUCACCCACCAUGAGCCUCCAAGUCAUGUCAAACGUGGAGCCAGCAGCAAAGGUGCUUCUUUGGAGCGAGACCCGGCAGCCGAUUCAGACCUGGACGGCCCAGAUGGAGGGCCUCAUCACCAGCCUGACGUUCCCCGGAAUGGUGCUCGAUAUCAAAGGUGGAAAAUCGUACGACCGCGACCACUUGGUGGUGAUGCCGGAGAGCGACGACAGGCCAAGUCAGCGUUGGAAGAUACAGCUUCUGUAGAUUUUAUACCAGCUCCAGGACGCUCCAGGAUGCUCUGGGAUGCUACAUGAAUUUUUUUUUUCCCACAGACAUUAUAUUUGGAAGCUUUAAAAGACUUUACUGUAUCUGCAGCAGGGAUAUCACAGAGCUGAAAGCUCAAAGUAGCUGGAAAUCUGAGGACAUUCCAGGACAUCUGAGAAGAUUUAAGGAGGUCUGAUGAUAUUCCAGGACAUCUGAGAAGGUUUAAGGAGGUCUGAGGACCUUGGUGAGCAUUGAGGCUGCAGUUUAAUCAUUUGAAUAUUUGAGUUUUCACACUGGUUUUAUAUUUGUUUGUGUAAGAGAGCUUCUGUGCAAUAUAUAUGUGUGUGCGUGUGUGACAGUGUGUGUGACAUAAAGAGAGAGUGAGAUGGAUAGCUUUAUGUGGUGCAAUUUCUUCUUCGUCUUGUUUAGGUCCAAAGUGUGAAGCAUUUUUAAUAUCAAAGAUUAUUAAGAUGUUCUGUCUGUAUCAGGGGGGUGGGCUUUAAUUCUGAAUAAAGAAUAAACAUGUUAAAAUGAAAGAAA